AUGGUCACACAAGGACUAGCCACUCAUAAACAGGCCACACAGUAUCCAGCCACACACAGAAUGGUCACACAACGACAAGCCGCUCAUAAACAGGUCACACAACACACAGCCACACACAGAAUGGUCACACAAGGAUUAGCCGCUCAUAAACAGGCCACACAAUACCUAGCCACACACAGAAUGGUCACACAAGGAGUAGCCGCUCAUAAACAGGCCACACAAUACACAGCCACACAUAGAAUGGUCACACAAGGACUAGCCGCUCAUAUACAGGCCACACAAUACACAGCCACACACAGAAUGGUCACACAAGGACUAGCCGCUCAUAAACAGGCCACACAAUACACAGCCACACACAGAAUGGUCACACAAGGACUAGCCGCUCAUAAACAGGCCACACAAUACACAGCCACACACAGAAUGGUCACACAAGGACAAGCCGCUCAUAAACAGGCCACACAAUACCCAGCCACACACAGAAUGGUCACACAAGGACUAGCCACUCAUAAACAGGCCACACAAUACACAGCCACGCACAGAAUGGUCACACAAGGAGUAGCCGCUCAUAAACAGGCCACACAAUACACAGCCACACACAGAAUGGUCACACAAGGACUAGCCACUCAUAAACAGGCCACACAAUACCCAGCCACACACAGAAUGGUCACACAAGGACUAGCCACUCAUAAACAGGCCACACAAUACCCAGCCACACACAGAAUGGUCACACAAGGACUAGCCACUCAUAAACAGGCCACACAAUACCCAGCCACACACAGAAUGGUCACACAAGGACUAGCCACUCAUAAACAGGCCACACAAUACCCAGCCACACACAGAAUGGUCACACAUGGACUAGCCACUCAUAAACAGGCCACACAAUACCCAGCCACACACAGAAUGGUCACACAAGGACUAGCCACUCAUAAACAGGCCACACAAUACCCAGCCACACACAGAAUGGUCACACAAGGAGUAGCCACUCAUAAACAGGCCACACAAUAUCCAGCCACACACAGAAUGGUCACACAAGGAGUAGCCGCUCAUAAACAGGCCACACAAUACCCAGCCACACACAGAAUGGUCACACAAGGACUAGCCACUCAUAAACAGGCCACACAAUACACAGCCACACACAGAAUGGUCACACAAGGACUAGCCACUCAUAAACAGGCCACACAGUAUCCAGCCACACACAGAAUGGUCACACAAGGACUAGCCACUCAUAAACAGGCCACACAAUACGCAGGUAUACAGGUAAAGGCCACAUGA